GAGGAAAUAGAAUCAUUAUUAUUAGAAGAAAAAUUAAAAAAGUCAUCCAGAGAUGGCGCUAAAAACAUAAGGUAUAAGUUUUAUAACCUGUCUGCUGAUGUCAUUAAGAGUCGACCAAUGUAACAGGGUAAAACGUGAAUAACUGGAAUAAGGCAUGCGAAAGUUAGCAGCAGCGUUAUGCUGCGUGUCUGUCUUCGUAGUUUUGCUCGUUUACCAGCUUCAUAAUCGUCAGAAUUACUUUUAUUCCUUGGUCGACGAAGCUAACGAUACUAAAGUGAGUACUAAACCAUCGAAUGGGAUCAAAAUAAUACUCACGUGGACCAAAUUCUUUGCUAAAAAAGACUGGUUACCCUCUAACGUAGAGCAGUUCGAUUGCGUAGUCGGCGAUUGCAUGGUAACGUCCGAUAGAAGGAUGCUUAGGAACAGUUCAGCCAUCAUCUUCCACUGGAGGGAUGUGAAUCUCCACGAUCUACCUGACGACCAGGGGGAUCAAGUGUGGAUCUUGUAUAACAUGGAAUCACCAAUGCACACCCCGCGUAACGUCUUAACUAAACUUUCCCCUAGACUCGAUUGGAUCGUUACGUACAGACAUGAUUCAGAUUUCGUCUCGAGCUACGGCAGGGUGGUUCCUGGUAAAGAAGUCAUCGCCAUCGAGAACAAAACCUCUUUAGUGGCUUGGUUGGUAAGUAACUGUGAUGCUGCUAGUAACAGGGAGGAUUACGCGCACGAGCUAGGACGCUAUAUACAAGUGGACAUUUAUGGUAACUGUGGCAAGAAAUACUGCCCCCAUAUACCCGCUUCCGAGUGUUAUAGGAAACUAGGGAGGAACUACAGGUUCUAUUUAUCAUUCGAAAACUCUAUAUGUAAGGAUUAUGUUACGGAGAAGCUAUUUUAUGCCAUGAAAUACGGUAUGAUACCUAUCGUGUUCGGUGGUUCUGACUAUAAAGACAUACUUCCACUCCAUUCUUACAUAGACACACAAGACUACCCUUCUCCUAAAGUUUUAGCUGAGUAUUUACAUAAUUUAUCAACCAACGAAGAUGAGUUUGCCUCAUAUUUUAAGUGGAGAGACAGUUUUCAAAUAGAUGUUACGCCUUAUAAAUGGUUAUGUAAUGUGUGCCGUAAGUUACACCAAAAUUUCGUUCACGAUUCUAAAAAUACCGAAGAUUUAGAGAGUUGGUGGUAUAAAAAGUCCGAUUGUCGUGUUUGGAAAAAUGGAAAGUUUUUACCCCUUUAGACUUUUGUAUUGGAAAUUUGAAUACAAAAUUAAAUAUUAAACGUUAUUAUUGAAGCUGGAUCAGUUUCAGAAAUCCAGCGGAUUUUUUUUCUUUUAUAAAAUUGAUAAUUAAUUUAAGUUGUCACGCGAUUAAUUUAAGUCGUAGAAAUUGAAUUAUUGAAGUUAAAAAUUCAUGUGAUUAAUUUAUGAUCGGUUUCAGAUACUGAUUAAUUAACUUUUUCUAAAUAUCGUGUGGUUUUGAGACUAAGAAAUUGAGUGAUAAAUUUAAUCACGUGGUUUUUGAGACAGAAAUUGAGUAGAAACGUUUUGAUCACGUGAUUUUGAAAGUAUGAAAUCGAGUAUCUAAUACUUUUAAACGUCACAUAGCUGAAAUUCGAUUACAGAAAUUGAAUAAAAAGUGUUAAAAUACACGUGAUUAAUUUAUUAUCAAUUUCAGAAACUG